AUGGGCGAAGAGCAAGUUGGUGUGGCGCGCAUCGGCUGUGUGUGCCGGCAGGUCCGGGACAGGCCCGACUUCGACAUCGACGAGCUGAUCAACACGGUUUGGAGCGAGGACAACGAUGACAAUGAGAGGGACGACGCGCAACCGCGUGCGGCGAGUCUGACAGACUCGAGCCUGGACAUGGAGUGGACAUGUGAGUCCCACGCGCGAGCCUGGCACGCAUGCGUGCUCUACGAUCGCGUCUGCCCCUGGGACGGCCUCAUCAUCCUCGUCCACAUCACGGCGGCGGCGGCGCGAGCGGCGAAGCCCUCCCCACUCCUUUUCACAAGUACGUCGGCGGCGGGGGAGAGCGUGCUUCGACCCCUGGGCCACAGCGUGCCCCUCGCCCGGGGCGCGGGCGGUGGGACGUGCGAGACGUACGUGGCGAACAGGGAGGAGGAGGAGGCCAAGGCGCGGGUGCGGGCGGCGGAGAUCUUGGUGGAGAUGGCGGCAGAGGGCGACGAAGUCGAAACCGCGGACCUGGACGGCGACUACGACGACCGCCGCCACGACCACGACCACGAAAUGGGCGAAGAGCAGGUCGGAGUGGCGCGCAUCGACCGCGUGCCCCAGCAGGUUCAAGACGGGCUCGACAUGGGCAUCGAGCGGGCGUACUUCGGGAUUAGAGACAUCUUCGUCACUGGCGAGGUUGCACCCCCGCGCGAUACUGGCAAGCCUGGCGUGCUCUACGGCGGCCACGUCCGCCCUUGGGACGGCCUUGUCGUCCUCAUCCGCGUCCAGAUCCCGCCAGUGGGCGGUCCAUGUCCCGGUCCUCUCGCGAACCACAUCGAGGGCGCCACGCUCGACGGACAGCGCACGAAUGUGCCCUCCCUUCAGAGAGAAACCCCCUGGGGGUCUCUCCCGCACCUCGCCCUUCUCUGCACCCUCUCCAGCCCGCUGUCGCCGCCGCCGCCGCACCACUAA